AAAGAAAGAAACGGCGAGAAGAGAAGAGAGAGAGAGAAGGAAAAGGGGGCCAAGAAGGGAAGCUGAAGACCCAAGCGAGCUGCACGACGAGAUAGAGAUUGAGAGAUUUGGGACCUAAAGCUUGUCUUCAAUUGGAACCCUAAUCUGAAUCUCUGGUGGGAUCCAUCGUUCAUCGCCAAGCCUUCGUUGCCGCUGGCUUUUUGGUGGUGGGAGUGUCAGGUUUCUGAUGCUGCGUAUGGAUUGGAAAGCAAUGUACUGCUUGGCAUUUUGGAGUCAGGAGUGAUGGCUGUUCAUGGUUGCAUCAAGCCAGUUCCUCAUGACACCAGUGAAGAUGAUGAUGAACCUAUUGUCUUUAGAAGGACUAGCACAGCAACCAAACAAAAUCCACCGAGUUCUGCUUCUAAAAUAUCUGCUCAAAAGAAUGACAGGCCUUUGGGAAGAUCAGCACCUGGUCAUAGCAUGUCUAAUGGUCAAAGCUCAAAUUUACUGAAGAGCAAUGUGGCUUCCAGUAGCAAACCUACUGGGAGAUCUGCUGCAGAGAACUUGAAUUCUCAAUCAUCAAAAUCUAACGCGCCGAAACAUUCAUCAGAACAAAGGCUGGCAAGUGAUGAAACUAAUAAUCUAGCAAAGACUUAUAUGAAUGACAAAUCUGGUGUUGAAAACUCUGAUGAUUCUGAUGAUGAUAAGCCAUUAACUUCUAGGCUUAAUACUGUUUUCAUGUCUCUUCAGAAAAGUGAUUCUGUGAAUAAUUCAUGCAGUAAAAGUGCAAACUUUGGUCAUUCAGAUAAUGGUAGAUCACUGAGCUCAAAAUAUUCUACAGAUGGUUCUAUGCAUUCAACCAAAGCUUUUGAGUCUCAAAAAACCAAGACAUCUCAGACAGAGAAGAUGAAUGUGGACAUCAAGAAACAAUCUAAUGACUUGGAAAACGAAAAAACACUGCUCUCUAAGCUAGGGUCAAAGGCUGGGAGCAGUGGUUCAUCUGUCAAAAAUGAAAGUACCUCGAAUGAGAAGCCUUUGAAUUCCAAAGUUAGGCAGAAUGGUUCUGUCAAGGGAGACUCCAAAAGUGAAGUGAAGUUGCACAAGAAUCUAAGCAAGAGACCGCUUGAUGAAGUUAAUGAUUCUGGUGAUCCUUUGGCUAAGAAGGCAAAAGUUUCAGCAACCUUUCCUGCCACUGUGAAACAUGAGUCUAUUAUAAAAGAACUGAAAGCAGAGGAUGAUGAUGAAGACGACCACAUUCCUAUAUCACAGAGAAUAAAUAAGUCAGUUACAUCGGAUAAUCCAUCAAUAAAGAAAGUGGUAAAGAAGAUAAUGCCUUCAUCACUCAAGAAAGGGAGCAAGAAAAUUCAAAAGACAAUGAAGAAUUCCAAAUACUCAAAAUCUUUGAAGGUACCACCUGGAUCUGGUGGAGGUCAGAAAUGGACAACCUUGGAACAUAAUGGUGUUAUUUUCCCGCCUCCAUACAAGCCUCAUGGGAUCAAGAUGCUGUACAAUGGGCAGCCUGUCAGUUUGACUCCUGAACAAGAGGAGGUUGCUACUAUGUUUGCUGUUAUGAAGGAUACAGAUUAUGCAACUAAGCCAAAAUUUAUAGAAAAUUUCAUGAAUGACUGGAGACAAAUACUUGGGAAAACCCAUGUGAUUAAAAAAUUUGAGCUAUGCGAUUUUACUCCUCUAUAUGAAUGGCAUCUCAGAGAGAAGGAAAAGAAAAAACAAAUGACCUCAGAGGAAAAGAAGGCCCUGAAAGAAGAAAAAUUGAAGCAAGAGGAGAAGUACAUGUGGGCUAUUGUUGAUGGCGUGAAAGAGAAGGUUGGGAAUUUCAGGGUUGAACCACCAGGUCUGUUCCGAGGUCGUGGAGAGCAUCCCAAGAUGGGGAAGCUGAAGAAACGCAUUCGACCAAGAGAUAUUACAAUAAAUAUAGGGAAAGGUGCACCAGUUCCAGAAUGCCCAAUCCAUGGUGAAAGGUGGAAAGAAAUAAAACAUGAUAAUACGGUUACCUGGCUGGCAUUUUGGAAUGAUCCUAUCAAUCCAAAAGAGUUUAAGUAUGUCUUCUUAGCUGCUAGCAGCUCUUUAAAAGGUCAAAGUGAUAAGGAAAAGUAUGAGAAAGCUAGACUUCUGAAGGACUACAUACGUGGUAUCCGGGCAACUUACACCAAAGAUUUUAAUAGCAAAGAUGCAACAAAGAGGCAAAUAGCAGUGGCCACUUACCUCAUUGAUAAGCUAGCACUAAGGGCUGGCAAUGAAAAGGAUGAUGAUGAGGCCGAUACUGUUGGUUGCUGCACUUUGAAAGUCGAAAAUGUUACAUUAGUUCCACCUAAUAAAUUACAGUUUGACUUCCUUGGUAAAGAUUCUAUAAGAUAUUUCAACACUGUGGAAGUUGAGUUACCUGUCUAUAAAGCUAUUGGGGAUUUUCAAAAUGCGAAAAAAAGUAGCGGAGGCAAGAAGGUUGGUGGGGAUGAUCUCUUUGACCUGCUUGAUACAAGUAAACUUAAUGCCCAUCUGAAGGAACUCAUGCCUGGUCUCACUGCUAAAGUUUUCCGUACAUACAAUGCCUCUAUCACACUAGAUGACAUGUUGAACAGAGAAACCAAGGAUGGAACACUUCCUGAAAAGAUUGCUGUUUAUCAACUAGCAAACAAAGAGGUUGCAAUCAUAUGCAAUCAUCAACGUAGUGUCUCAAAGUCUCAUGAUGCUCAGAUGACACGACUGAAUGAAAAGAUAGAUGAGUUAAAGGCUCAACAAGAGGAAUUGAAGGUGGAUUUAAGUAGGGCAAGGAAAGGGAAGCCUCCACUAAAAGAUGCUGAAGGGAAACCGAAGAAGAACUUGUCCUCUGAAGUGUUAGAAAAAAAACUUGCUCAAAUUGAUGCAAAAAUAGAGAAGAUGGAAUUGGAUAAAAAGACUAAAGAGGACUUGAAGACAGUAGCACUGGGCACUUCCAAGAUCAACUACCUUGAUCCUAGAAUAUCUGUUGCAUGGUGCAAACGCCACGAGGUUCCCAUCGAGAAGAUAUUCAACAAAUCGCUUCUUGCAAAAUUUGCAUGGGCGAUGGAUGUGGACCCAUCCUUCAGAUUCUGAUUACCUUAGAAUGAGGACACAGGCCUUCAUUUCUCCGGUAUGGUUGGCCGGGCGGGCACGGAGGACUGACUAAUUCAUGCCAAUUCUCCCGAGUCAGUCAAUGAUGAUAGACGACGAUUCCAAGAUCAUCAUAUAAUGUGCACGAGAGCCUUUUCACGGCGAGGGAUUAAGUUUUUCCUCCGGCAAGUUUUUAUAUUUCCUGUGACGAAUCUUUUAUGCAUGCAUUGCAUAAAUGAGAAGAAAAACAAAAACAAAAUUGAAUCAACUCUUGAGGACAUUGCUAUGGUUUUCUUUCUCUAACUUCACAACCAUAUGGACAUUUAUUUACAGGACUUUGUUGACA